AUGGCAAAAAAAAAAAAACAAAUUCAUUUGAAUAUAAUAGAUUUUCAAAAAUAUUAUCAAACUGAUGAUUUAUUAUUAGAUACCUCCAUAUCCACAGAAAAAAAAACAGUAGAUAAUCAAAAAUUUAUAAGAAAAAACAGAACGUUAGAAAAGGAUGAAGUGGUUCAAAAUAUAGACUGGAGAACAUUUGAUAAUGAGAAAGAAAAAGAAACAAAUAAUGAGAAUACUUCAAAUGUAAAUAAAAUAAAAAGUCCGGGACUUGAAAAAAAAAAUUUUAAAAAAAGUAAUGAUGUUAUAACUUUAGGAGCACGUAAUAAAAAUAAAUCAACCAAUUUAAAUGCUGAUGAUAUAGAUUUUACAAACUUGAGAAACAAAAAGAAAGAAGAUGAUAUAGAUUUUACAAACUUGAGAAAUAAAAAGAAAGAAGAUGAUUUAGACUUUUCAAAUUUAAGGAAUAAAAAGAAAGAAGAGGAAGAUGUUGAUUUCUCAAAUUUAAGGAAUAAAAAGAAAGAAGAUGAUGUGGACUUUUCAAAUGUAAGAAAUAAAAAGAAGGAAGAUGAUUUAGAUUUUUCAAAUGUAAGAAAUAAAAAGAAAGAAGAUGAUGUGAACUUUUCAGAUGUAAGAAAUAAAAAGAAAGAAGAUGAUUUAGAUUUUUCAAAUGUAAGAAAUAAAAAGAAAGAAGAUGAUGUGAACUUUUCAGAUGUAAGAAAUAAAAAGAAGGAAGAUGAUUUAGAUUUUUCAAAUGUAAGAAAUAAAAAGAAAGAAGAUGAUGUGAACUUUUCAGAUGUAAGAAAUAAAAAGAAAGAAGAUGCUUUAGAUUUUUCAAAUGUAAGAAAUAAAAAGAAGGAAGACGAUUUAGAUUUUUCAAAUGUAAGAAAUAAAAAUAAAGAGGACGAUAUGGACUUUUCAAAUGUAAGAAAUAAAAAAAAAGAAGAUGAUUUAGACUUUUCAAAUGUAAGAAAUAAAAAAAAAGAAGAUGAUUUAGACUUUUCAAAUGUAAGAAAUAAAAAGAAGGAAGACGAUUUAAAUUUUUCAAAUGUAAGAAAUAAAAAAAAAGAAGAUGAUUUAGAUUUUUCAAAUGUAAGAAAUAAAAAUAAAGAGGACGAUAUGGACUUUUCAAAUGUAAGAAAUAAAAAGAAAGAAGAUGAUAUGGACUUUUCAAAUGUAAGAAAUAAAAAGAAGGAAGAUGAUUUAGAUUUUUCAAAUGUAAGAAAUAAAAAGAAGGAAGAUGAUUUAGAUUUUUCAAAUGUAAGAAAUAAAAAGAAAGAAGAUGAUUUAGACUUUUCAAAUUUGAGAAAUAAAAAGAAAGAAGAAUCCAAGGAAAAUGAUACAAAUAAAAGUGAAAAACCACUUUAUCUAAGAAGAUUAGAAGAAUAUAGAAAAAAAAAGAAACUUGAGAGUCAAGCAAAUGAUACAGCAAUGAAAAUGCAUGAAAAGGAACAAAUAGAUGAUAUCCAAGAAAGAAAAGAAGAAAUAAAAGAAGAAUUUAAAGAAGAGGUUAAAGAAGAGAUAAAAGAAAUAAAAGAAGAGAUAAAAGAAGUUAAAGAAGAAAUAAAAGAAGAGAUAAAAGAAGAAAUAAAAGAAGUUAAAGAAGAAAUAAAAGAAGAGAUAAAAGAAGAAAUAAAAGAAGUUAAAGAAGAAAUAAAAGAAGUUAAAGAAGAAAUAAAAGAAGUUAAAGAAGAAAUAAAAGAAGUUAAAGAAGAAAUAAAAGAAGAAAUAAAAGAAGUUAAAGAAGAAAUAAAAGAAGAGAUAAAAGAAGAAAUAAAAGAAGUUAAAGAAGAAAUAAAAGAAGAGGUAAAAGAAGAAAUAAAAGAAGUUAAAGAAGAAAUAAAAGAAGUUAAAGAAGAAAUAAAAGAAGAGGUAAAAGAAGAAAUAAAAGAAGUUAAAGAAGAAAUAAAAGAAGUUAAAGAAGAAAUAAAAGAAGAGAUAAAAGAAGUUAAAGAAGAAAUAAAAGAAGAGGUAAAAGAAGAAAUAAAAGAAGAGAUAAAAGAAAUUAAAGAAGAAUUAAAAAAUGAUAUAUCAAGUGAAACAACAAAAGAAGAAAAAAAUACAGAACAUAAAAAGGAAGAAACGGAAAAAAAGAAAUUUAUACCUAAAAGAGUUAUUAUGUAUCAGCAAGAAUUGAAAGAAAAAGAAGAAAGAAAUUUAAAAUUAUUAGAACAACAAAGAAAAGAGAGAGAAAUGAGAUUACAACUAAUUAGAAGUAAAACCCAAGGUACUUCAUCUACCUUUAUUCCAUCUGCAAAAUUAAAGCAUUUGGAAUCUUUAAAAGAGGAAAAGAAAAAAGAAGUAAAAACAAAUAUACAACCUAAAGAUAAUAAUAAUAAUAAUAAUAAUAAUAAUAAUAAUAAUAAUAAUAUUGCUGUUUUAAAAAAUAAUAAAAACGAAGAACAAAAUGUUAUUAAGAAAAAGAGUAUAUUCUUAGAAAUAGCUGAAAAAACAGAAAAUGCAAAAAUUGUUGAAAAAACAGAUAUUGAAGAAAUAGCAAAAAAAAAGAGAGAAGAGCUUUACAAAAAACAAUUAGAAAAAAUUACAAAAAAAAAUGAAGAACAUUUAAAAUAUAAUAAUAUAUAUAAACAUGAUGUAAAUAUAAUAAAGAAUUUUUAUAAUGAAAUAAAAGAUAAAAUAAUUCAAAAUUAUUAUUUUAAUCAAGACGAUUGUAUUUCCCUAUGUUCAAUCUUAAAAACGGAUGACUGUAACUAUAUGGAGAGUCACGUACCUUUUUAUGUGGUUAUAUCCAUUUUUAUGUUAAGUCUUCCUCAAAAACUUCAAAAUGAUGAUUAUUUCAAGAGAGCUAGCAAUAUUAAAAACCUUCUCAUUUAUUUAAAAGAGAAUAGCAAAAUUGAAAAUCACGAAGAUUAUAUAUUAAAUGAUACCCUAAAAUUUUGUGACCAGUUAAAAUAUCCACACUUAUCAGAAGAAACAUCAUUAAUUGAGACCAUAUUCGACACACUAUUAUAUUCUGGAGUUAUAUCAAAAAAUUCCUUUAUACAGUGGUUCCAAGAUGAUGAUUCAAAUGCAGAAUUAAAAAGUAAAGCUAUGUUACAGUUAAUAUAUUGGCAUAAGUGGUUAACCGAAGAGGAAAAGGACCAAGAAGAAGAAAUUGACGAAUUAGAUGACACAGAAGAAAAAAAUAUAAGUGAUGUUUCAGAUAUUGAAAAAAAUGUCCCAAAAAAUUUCAUUUUUAAAAAAAUUAAAAAGAAGCUUUUCUAA